AUGGUGGGUGUAGGAUUAGGUGUAACAGCAGCAAUGGUUGCAACUCAGUUCUUGGAUGUGGGGUUGAACACUCUAAUCAAAGCAGCAAACACCAACGGAAUGAGCAAUUUCGUUUUCGUUGUCUAUGCAAACUUCUUAGCUCUCUUCGUCCUUCUACCAUCAACGUUCUUCUACUACAGGAAGAAAGCUCCUCCUCCAAUCCCUACCUCACUUUUCUGUAAAAUGUUUCUGAUUAGCUGCCUCAGUACUGCAUAUCAGACAUUGAUAUACAGUGGGAUCGGAUAUAGCUCUCCCACACUAUGUUCGGCUAUGGUUGAUCUUGCUCCUGCUUUUACCUUCAUAUUUGCCUUUAUUUUCAGGAUGGAAAAUCUGAAUCUGAAACAGCAUAGCUGCCAGGCCAAAAUUGUUGGCACAGUGGUUUCCAUUGCAGGGGCAUUGAUUGUCACUCUGUAUAAAGGAACUCCAUUGAAUUUCAAGUUCUUGAGAAAUGUAGUAUUUGGUGGAAAUGGAACUUACCUUUCAGUGCAAUCAGAUUGGAUAAUUGGUGGUGUGCUUCUUGCAACUGCUAGUCUCUGCCUUUCUGUUUUGUUUAUUGUUCAGACUUCGGUUAUCAAGGAAUAUCCAGAAGAGUUAGUGGUAACAAGCAUUUGUUGCAGCAUGGUGGUGAUCCUAUCUGCCAUAGUUGCUCUCUUUGCAGAGGGAAAUACAAAAGCUUGGAUAUUCACAUCUCAUCAAGAUUUGAUAGCUGUAUUUUAUUCAGCAAUAUUUGUGGUAUCAUUGAAGAGUGUUGUAUGCACAUGGGGAUGUCGAAAGAAGGGAGCAGUUUAUGUAGCUAUGUUUAACCCUUUGGGAAUGGUGAUUGCACUUGGCAUGGGGGUAGUAUUUCUGGGAGACAGUCUUUAUGUGGGAAGUAUGAUUGGAGCUGCUACAAUAGGUGUUGGAUUUUAUUCCGUGAUGUGGGGACUGACUCAAGAGAAUAACAAUCUGGUAAAUGAGAAUAAUGAAAACCAUGAUUUUGUGACUUCUUCUUCGGCUCCUCUCUUGUCUACCAAAAACCUGGAUGCAUAG